AUGAUUUUUUUAAUUCUGUUACCAAUUUUGUUUGCGUCUUUGGUAUUAUCGGAAGAGAAUAAUAGAUUAAGUAGAUCACUUGAUGCAGGAAAGACCGACCCACUGACAUGGAUGAUAUUAAAUCAACUUCAAGCUUCACAGACAACAUUGUCUAAACUAGACAAUAAGCUAGACACUAAACUUAGUAAACUAAGCCAAAGGUUGACGGAUGUGGAAAAAAUGACAGGUUACAAGAAACAGUUCGAUACACUGACGAACCAAUUGAAUGACGUAGAAACAAAGUUACAUGCAUAUAGUGGGAAAAUGUCCGAUUUGCAGAAUGAUAUUAACAAAAUUAACCAAGGUAUAAAAAACAAGUGUAAUGCUGGAUGGAAAAAGUUCAACAACUGCUGUUACAUGUUUCGAUAUGACAGACUUAGUUGGCAACAGGCGAAGAGAGAAUGCGAGAACAACAAUUCAUAUUUAGUGAAAAUAGAAUCAUCCACAGAAAACAGAUGGAUUAGUAGUGAAAUAACUGUCAGCGCAAAAGCAACACAUGGUCAGAUAUGGACUGGAUUGAAUGACUUAAUAAGAGAAGGACAUUUUACAUGGGUAAAUGAUCAUAGUUCAGUUGGUUAUUCGAAUUGGGCAAAUCAUGAACCAUCCAAUUAUGGAGGGAGUGAACACUGUGUUACCAUGCAUACGAAUGGUCUUUCUACUUGGAAUGAUCAGACUUGUUCCUACAAAACUGGGUAUAUUUGCGAGAAAUAA